AUGCCAACGAUUCCAAAGCGUGUGCCCAUGGGCAGCAAGGGCAACGGCCGCGGCAUGGACCUACUCAGCACAGGAGUAACACGCACAGAGGUCACGGAGAUGCAGCUCAAAUGGCAGGACAAACCGUGUGAGGCGCCACCCUGCAAACAGAGCUUCUGGUGGGCCAGCCAGCCAAAGCCCAUCAAAAUCAAAGGUUGUCCCAAACCCGUCGUGCCGCCGCCAGAGCCCUACAUGAACAUGAUGUAUGACCGUCGCGUCAUAAAGGGAAGCAACUUUGGUACCCCGUCAAUGCUGGCGGAGGUGGAUCCGUUCGACAAGGCUGCGGAGAUACGGCGCCGCAAUAUGCUCCGCAAGCGAUCGAUGCAGUGCCGCAAUCAGCGCAAUGUCCUGGGCACACCACCUCCAGUGAAGGGCAGGAAGCACGAAAAUAUACAGACAGAAAAAUACUUGGAGAAAUUGGUUCAACGUCCGCCGGAGUACUCAGUAGACACACAAACAGAUUUGUUCCUGGAGAAGCCGCCUACGCCUCCAUAUGUUGCCGCCAAAGUGGGCGUUGAUGUGGGCACCGAGAUUGGCGACGGCGAACUCUUUCACUUUGAUGCAGAAGCUCAGCCGAUUAUUGAUGUACUCGUGGAUGCCUGCAUAGAGCAGAGCAUGCUGGAAGUGGCUCACGAAAUGGAAUUGGCAGCGCUGCGCCGCAAGCAGGAGGAGUUCCUGGCUCAACGCGAGGCUGAGCUCGCUGAGCUGCGACGUUUGGAAGCCGAGGAGCUGCGUUUGCAGGCUGAGAAGGAUCGCCGCUUGCGCCAGGAUGCCAUUGCCAAGGAGCUGGACGAGGAGAUGCAGAAGAGCGUAACGGCCGCUAAGUUAUUGCAGGGACACAUUGCCAGCCUGGUGCCAGAGGUGCUGGAGAACAUUGAGCCGGCCAGCGAUGCUGUCAAGAAGGAGCAACUAACGAAGGACAUCUGCCCCUGGCUAUCUGCUGAGGUUGCCCAAGAAGUGGGCCACAUUGUGGACUCUCGCGAGAUACUCACAGCCAUCAUACUGGAGAUUAUCAAACAGCGUGCAGCUGCUUACAUCGACUACAAAGAAGAGGAGACCGAGCCAUCAUCGUCAGAUGUCGGCAUUUGUGAAGAGGAGGGAUGCAUGCUCGACGAUAUGGAGACAUGCCCAUACGAGCCGGAAAUUGAAUAUUCUGAUUGUCCAGAGCCGCCGCCAGAGCCACCACAUCUGUAAGGAGGACAGCAAUUAUAAAUAAAAUAAGAUAUGAUUUGGUUAACUUCAGUUUUGAGUUUGAGGCGCGCCCGUUGGUCGUUAAGUGCAUACUAACAAAUCCAAAGUGCAGCUUUGUUAUUGUGUCUGGCAACAAGCGGGCGUGCCUCGGCCGCCGCAUGUUGCCACACACAAUUCCAUUGGCGCGAAUAUUGUUGCAUCAAAAGUAAGCAAA